AAGAGGUCCGCAAGCAAAAUUGAGUCGAUAGCACAGGACAGGGCAUUGGCAGAAACCUUUCAUAAGCACAGAAGCAAGGUGGUUGAAAUCUUCAGAGACGAAACAAAUAUCAAGAAGUUGUUCACCAAUCCCGAAAAAGCUGAGCCAGUGAGGUCCUAUGCUGAGCUCCAAAAGGCGUUAGGCAGUUCAAGUCUUUCUUCCAGUGGUGAAAAACACCUGCUCACCUACACGGAUUCAGAUAUGAAAGCAUCUAUAUUAUUUUUGGCCACCUCACUUAUAAACUCGGUUUUGGUGGAGAUAAACUUGCAGUCUUUUGAACAGUUUUUUCACAACUUAGACUCAGAAGCGAUUUCUGGAUUGUUGCUCGAGUUGAAAUCAUCAGACGCAUUUAAUUCGAUUGAAACGCUCAGACUUUACUUCCAGCAUUUUAAAUCAUCACAGUAUGUGAACUAUGACCGCUCGGAUUAUAGUAAAGCCGUUCAAAACAAUAAUUUCGUCAAGUUUUCUUCUCAAACAAUUGAUAAUUCAGAGUAUUUCCAGGGUUUUAAAGAAGCCUUUGAUGAAUACAAAAAUUCCAAAACUACAAGGGAGCUUGCACAUUUAGACUUACUGAUUAACAUCGUGAAGGUUCUCUUAAGAUCCAGUCAGUUCACUCCGAAUGUCGAGAUUUUUCAGGUUUUGAUGGAUGAAUUCGGAAAACUUGAGCUAUACAAUUUUCAGUCAGUGGUAUAUCAAUCUAUUCCACAAUAUAAGCAUCGUCAAACAGUUUUAGCGUCCCCCCAGGACGAACUUUCGGUUUCUAAAGUUCCAAAAAUGGCUUAUCAUGUUCAAGAAGCUGUUGAACAGAACCCAGCAUUCUUGAGGACAUUAAUAGACUAUCAUAUUAUUCGGAACGAUAGUGAGUCUUUCAAGCAGUUGCUUUCGUUUUACAGGCUCGAUGAUAUCAUCCAGCAUGAAAAGGUGUUAAACAAGUCGUAUUUGGCUGGACUCAUGUCCAAGUCGAGAUUUAUUCGGCACAAAGAGAGACAACUUGAAAUUGAGCCAAUCACGUACAGUUGUGAAGAACCUUUGUUAAUCCCGUUGGAUACAAUUCACCAUACCAUCAAAGGGUGCAUCCAAUUGGAACAGUUUCAAUUCAUUGAUUUGUUGUUCAAUAAAAUCAUUGUUCACGCCAUGGAGAAGGAAGCCUCAGGCUGGCAAUUGUUGGUUUCUCAAUCGUACUCUCCUAAGGAAUUUGCAUCCAAAAUUUUUACGAAGGAAUUGUUCAAAGUGUUACUCCGUGCCAGCACAAAGUCUGAUGAUUUGGGUCGCAUCAUGUGGCUUAUGCCACACUUGGAUAAUUAUCUCGAAACACACAUGGAUAAGCAUCUUACGAAGAUCAAUGCCAACGAGCUUGAAUCUAGUCCCAUAGAUCCAGAAUUGAUCAAUGAAAUAUAUAUAGCCUUGAACACGUUUGGACUCGAAGGAAAGUUGGUGUCCUACAAUCAAUUAUUGAACUUC